AAGCAUCAUUGCCCUCUUUGCUCCAAAGCAUCCAUCCCAAAUCACAAUAAUAUUAUACAAGAAAGGCAUUCAUAAGUGGGAUUCUCAUUCCCCACCACCACCACUUCAUUUGAUCAAGUCGUCUUCCCAUAUCCUCCCAGUUGGCCCUUCCAAGAAUUUCUUUUCCUUCUCCUUCUCUUUUCUCAUCUUUUUUCUUGUUUAGUGGUUUGUGGGUCCCUUACACAAGCACAUCUAGCAAAUUGAGACGAUAAUGACCAUGAUAAUUGCACUCAUCAUCUUGUGCUUCUUCUUGUGGAUGUUGUUGUUUCAUAGUGGGUUGCAGCAGCCAUGGCUAGACCAGAAUUACCGAAAAGAAGCAAAAGAGCACUGGUUGGAUCUUCCUUGGAAGGUGGAGACAGUUACGCUUUUGGGCUCCUGUCAUGCUGUCUGGUCCCUCUAAAGCUAAUAUUGAGCUGGCUCAUACUCUUUGUUAUGUUAAGAUUCAGUUAUUCAUCUAAUGGCCCUGAUGUUGAGGGUGAAGCACUGGUUGAUUUUCUGAAGACUCUAAAUGAUUCGAAUAACAGAAUUACAGAUUGGAAUGAUCAUUUUGUAAGCCCAUGCUUCAGUUGGUCUAAUGUAACUUGCAGGAAUGGAAAUGUCAUAUCGUUGAGCCUGGCUUCCAAGGGAUUUUCAGGAACUCUUUCACCUUCAAUUACCAAACUGAAGUUUUUGGCUAGCUUGGAUUUAAAGGAUAACAAUCUGUCGGGUGCAUUGCCUGAUUAUCUGAGCAGCAUGAUAAACCUACAAAAUCUGGAUCUUGCGCGUAACAACUUCAGUGGCUCUAUUCCUUCUAGUUGGGGUCAAUUGUCAAACAUAAAGCAUUUGGACCUUUCAUCCAAUGACUUAACUGGAAGAAUUCCAGAGCAACUAUUUUCAGUUCCAACAUUCAAUUUCACAGGAAACCGUCUUACUUGUGGCUCCAGCUUGCAGCAACCAUGUGCUUCAGGCUCCACCAUUCCAGUUUCAACCAAAAAAUCAAAACUCAGGGUGGUUACUCCUGUGGCAAUUUGUGCUGCAUUUAUACUUCUAUCCCUUGGAGCCAUAUUUGCUUACCGAUACUGUUACGCACAUAAAAUCAAGCGUGAUGUGUUUCAUGAUGUUACUGGUGAAGAUGAAUGCAAAAUUUCAUUUGGCCAAGUGAGAAGAUUUUCAUGGCAUGAACUGCAGCUUGCCACUGAUGAGUUUAGUGAGAGCAACAUAAUUGGACAGGGAGGCUUUGGUAAAGUUUAUAGAGGUGUUCUCCCAAAUGGCACAAAGGUUGCUGUGAAACGCCUCUCAGAUUAUCACAAUCCUGGAGGAGAGGCUGCAUUCCAGAGGGAAGUUCAAUUGAUUAGUGUAGCAGUUCAUAAGAAUCUUCUUCGGUUGAUUGGAUUUUGCACAACCUUCAAUGAGAGAAUUCUUGUUUAUCCAUUCAUGCAAAAUCUCAGUGUUGCAUACCGCUUGAGAGAUUUAAAACCUGGGGAGAGAGGCUUGGACUGGCCAACAAGAAGAAAAGUGGCUUUUGGUGCAGCCCAUGGCUUGGAGUACCUACAUGAGCAUUGCAAUCCCAAGAUUAUACAUCGGGAUUUAAAGGCUGCAAACAUUCUUCUGGAUGAUGAUUUUGAACCCGUUCUUGGAGACUUUGGAUUAGCAAAACUGCUUGAUACAAAACUGACUCAUGUGACAACUCAGGUGCGUGGGACCAUGGGACACAUUGCCCCAGAAUAUCUGUCCACAGGAAAAUCCUCAGAAAAGACGGAUGUCUUUGGUUAUGGUAUAACCCUUCUCGAACUUGUAACUGGUCAGCGCGCAAUAGAUUUUUCUCGGCUUGAAGAGGAGGAGGAUGUUCUAUUGCUUGAUCAUAUCAGGAAGCUUCAAAGGGAGAAAAGGCUGGACGCAAUUGUGGACAGGAACUUGAAGACUUUUGAUGCCAAAGAAGUCGAGACCAUUGUUCAGGUGGCACUGCUCUGCACCCAGAGCUCACCUGAGGACCGUCCAAAGAUGGCUGAAGUGGUAAGCAUGCUGCAAGGAGAGGGUUUGGCAGCGAGAUGGGUCGAAUGGGAGCGGCUUGAAGAGGUAAGGAAUCAACACUUCUCGCUCCUGUCUCACCAAUUUCCUUGGGCAGAUGAGUCCACCCACGACCAAGAAGCCAUACAGUUGUCUAAAGCAAGAUAAUGCAGGAAGCUUAAUUUACAAAUGGAUGUCUCCCCAAACCAAAGCUAUCUACUCUCAUGCAAGCGGUACGUUCUUAUAACAAUCAAAAACAAGGUAAGAAAGCAUAGUAUGAUUAGUAUACAAAUCCGAGUUCUACUUCAUAUAGUUUUGUGUCAAAGAGUGUGGUAUUGGGUAUGGUUUGCCAAGUCUCUUUAAGGAUAAAUGUGUGAUACUGCUGUUAAUCCCUGUGGAGACAUAUAUGGUUCUCAAAGGAUCUCGUUCAUACAAAUAAUUUGGUUGAAUAUGAAUAAUAGGAUCAUG